AUGCCAGGUAAAUCAGGAAUUUAUCUCGGUGUACCCGAAUUGUCGAACCCGACAUCAUCAAUCUCAAAAAAACCACGAUAUUCAAGAAGUUUAAGUCCGCACUAUAAGCCUCGACGGGAAAACCCAACUCGUAAAGUGGUUGACGGUCUUUUAGAAUUGUUUUACGAGGAAAGACGCAAGUGCACGCCAAUAGAUGAAAUCAAGGAAAUCCUAGAAUCAUCCAUUGUUUAUGAUUAUAAUGAUAACUCGGAACACAUCUACCGAUGGUUAUUCAAAUAUCAAAGCACUCUCAAUUAUAAAUGCCUUUUUGGGUUCUUUUUGUUAUUGGGCAUCGGGUGCGAUCAAGAUCCUAACGAGGCAUACCGACAAUUUAUUAACCCAGCAAAAAAAAACUACCCUGUCGACCAAAUAUUGGUUGGUGACUGCUACAUGAAUGGUUGGG